AUGGCAGACAGCGCGGAGCAGCAAGUGACUUCUACCACUUUACUCAGCGACGCAGGCCACCACUACGAACCGGAGCCGGAACCAGAGCUGGACCAGCCCAAAGCGGACCACUUCAGCCUGGACGACAUUGUGGACCUGGUGGGGGGUGCCCAGGACGCGUUAGAGAGACACAUGGCGGAAGACAGUGCGCCACAGGAGCCCACACAAACUUUGGCCCCGGAGGAACCACCGACGUUAGAGGAACCUGUGGAGGCGGCUGUGAGAGAGGCCGAACCGGUGGUGCUGCCCGAGGCCACUCCAGAGCCAGUGGUGGUCCCAGAGCCAGUGGUGGUCCCAGAACCAGAACCUGCACCCAUUACUGUACCCGAACCCACAAAGGAGGUAGUUCCUGAGCCUGCACCAGAACCAGAGCCCACCCCAGUGCAAGAGGCGGCUCUCCCAGACUCCACGACCCCGUCUAUAGUCCCUGAAGUCCGGCCUGUAGUUGUGGAGGAGCCCGUGGUGGUGGCCCCUAAAGCUGAAGCCGAGGUUACAUGGUCUGCCCCUGCCCCUGCCCCUGCCCCUGCCCCUGCCCCUGCCCCUGCCCCAGCCCCUGCCCCUGCCCCUGCCCCAGCCCCUGCCCCUGCCCCUGCCCCUGCCCCUGCCCCUGCCCCUGCCCCUGCCCCUGCCCCAGCCCCUGCCCCUGCCCCAGCCCCUGCCCCUGCCCCUGCCCCAGCCCCUGCCCCUGCCCCUGCCCCAGCCCCUGCCCCUGCCCCAGUGAGCGACGCCCUCCCCGUGGUUGAAUCCCACACCGAAGCACCAGCCCCUGCACAGACAGAAGAGCAGCCUGCAGAGGAACCACCGGCUCCAGCAGCAUAUGUACCUUCUCCUCUUAAAGCUCAGCUUCAGCCUCUGAUGCAAUUCCCUGCAGAGCUCUCGCUGACAGAGAGUCCCAACCAACCCCCUGCUUCAGGAUUUGCUGCAUCUUUGGGCUCCUUCACCACUCAACCCCCUACUGCCCAUUCCAAGAACAUGCCUUGGGAGGGUGAAGACCGUAGUCAGAAUAAGACCGACCUUCUAGACACGCUAGCUGGCCCUUACCUGAGUUUAGGGAAGGAUCCGGUCGGUCAUAAUCCCUGCGAGGACAGCGGCGUUUCAUUCUCGCCAGAGGAGAAGAUGGCUAGCUCAGGCAGGUCCUCCACUGGCCCCUCCCCCGUGACCCCUCAGAUGAUGCUUCCAGAGUCUGACCUUACUUCCUCUAACCCAACAGAGCACUGGGAUUCACCUUUCCUAACAUCUCAAGACAACUCCAAAAACAACAUGGAUCCAUUUUCUAAAGAAACCACUCCAAUUGGCUCGCAGUAUGAGUCUGACCUUCCAGGCAACAACUCUGACGAAGAUGACGACCUGAUGAGUGAUAUGAAGAAAAACAAUAACCCUUUCGAUGGCUUCUCGCCCCUGGCAGACAGUGGCUAUUCCCAUUUUGGCGAGACAAAGUCUGACAGUCGGAACCCCAAAAUGUCUGAAAGUCCGACCCCUGAUCUUGUGCAGUACGGGCAGACGGGGGAGAGCCUUGACAGCCCUCCGUCUUUUCUUGAUGAGGCAGAUAUCUUUGACUCUGGAAAGAUGGCCACUGGCUCCUUCAUGCAGUCGAUGGAUCAGUUCUCAUCCUGUGUGAAAGACCGCUCUUCUGAUUUGAAGGAUGAGGAGGAAGACAAGAUGGAGGAUGACUUGGUCCCACCUGCUUCUCUCCCAGACAUUCUGAAGUCUUCCCCACUGAAUCCUGACAAAAUGGACUCUGGCUCCUCCGAGGGCACCCCCGAAGACCAGAGUCCUAUCCUUGUACGCAAGAUGAUGGAGUCCCCCAACCCCCCAAUCAACCUUUCCAUCAAGCCUUUUGCUUUAGAAGGGAAAGUGUCUCUGCUGAAGGAGAUGGCUGAAGAGAUGGAAGGAAAAAAAGAGCAUACAAAUGUGGUCGAUGAGAAGGCCUUUGAUGCUUUCGACCUUGUUAAACAGGCAGAAUCUACAAAAGUCAAAGAAGAACCAGUGAAAAUAGAACAGAAAGAUUGGUUUUCUGGCUUUGAUUCGCCCAAAAAGCCUGACAACUUGGAGCCGCUUGAUUUUAAAAGUAAAAAACACACUGGUGAGGAUUCAGAUUCUGAUUGUCCGACUGCUGAUUCACUCUCUCCAGUCUUGGAAGCCAUGGGCAAAAAUCCAGCUAGUUUUCAGGUGGAAACAGAUAAAAAGGACAUAAAAAUGGAGGAAGCAGAAGGGGCAGAGGAGGUCUCAGAGCAUGAGGUUUCUUCAGAGGAGUUUGAAUUCAUCGAGAGGCCUCCCAGGGGCGUUAUCGACGAGUUUCUGGAAGCGCUCGACACUUCCAAGUUUGCGUCCUCUAAAACACCCGAAAUCCCAAUGGAUGAUGACCUCACCUUUGGCAGGAAGGAAGAAAGUCCUGCUUCAGUUCCGCCUCCCUCAAAGGCGUCCCUUCUGAUGGACGACGAGGUCUCGAGUCAGAGCUCCUACCUCCUCCUCUCGCAGUCGUCCCCCCAGAAGAGCAAGGCAGAGCUGGAGAAGCUUAACAUCCAGCAGCCCCCUCCCAAAGCCCCCAUCACCCACUCCCCAGCCCAAAACGCAGAGGCAGGCAGUGCCAAGAAGAGCGCUCUGUUUAAGAUGCCAAACGUGAACAUAAAAACAGUUCUUCCCCAGUCAAAGAACCUUCCCACCCGUCCAGACUCCACCUCCUUAUCCCUGUAA